GUGGGAUCACACUCUGGGGAAGGGUCCGCCCGGGCUACAGGAUUCAUCUUCCAAAGCGUUAGCUGUGGUUGUGGUGCGAAAGUUUGAUCAGUUUUUCAGGUCCACCGACUCUCCUGUCUUUUUUUGACUGCACAUCGAAAUGAUUCACCUUUUAAGCUUUCAAACACCGUAAUUCAUAAUUGCCAAUCUCUUCAUGAAAUGAAAGUCGAUUCUUGUUGCGAUCGCUUUGGAGGAUGUUCUUUCUGACUUGUCAGCAGCAAGUAUUGGAUUCUUCAUUGGGACUGGGACCAGCAGAAUAUUCCUAGCAGAAAUCAAGUGGCGAAAUACCAUGCAAAAGAAAGGGAAACUGUAUAAGUGGAUGAAAAGAAAGGGAACAAUGAACAGAGAAGAUGCCUUCCUGGCUCACUAACAACAAAACGUGAUGGGCUGUGGGACAAGCAAAGUGCUGCCUGAGCCCCCUAAAAACAUUCAUUUGGAUCUAGUUAAAACUGUGGAACCGUAUACUGGCCAACACCAUGAUAAGUACAAGCACUUUAUUAAAUAUGACGCCAUCAAGAGUGGAGGUAAGACAGGCCAGCCACCACCUCAUCAGACUAAUGUGUACCAGCAAACUGGACACUGGGACCAGCAGAAUGAUCCUAGAAGAAAUAAAGUGGCCAAAUAUCGUGCAAAGUUUGACCCCAGAGUGACUGCAAAAUAUGACAUCAAGGCACUGAUUGGUCGUGGGAGUUUUAGUAGAGUGGUCAGAGUGGAGCACAAGAGCACUAAACAACCUUAUGCAAUAAAACUGAUUGAGACAAAGUACAAGGAAGGCAGAGAAGUAUGUGAAUCUGAACUCAACGUCCUCAGGAGAGUGAGACAUGCCAAUGUUAUACAGCUCAUUGAAGUAUUUGAGACGCAAGAGAGAGUUUAUAUGGUGAUGGAAUUAGCAACUGGAGGUGAACUUUUUGACAGGAUCAUAGCCAAAGGCUCCUUUACUGAAAGAGAUGCUACUAGAGUGCUACAAAUGGUUCUUGAGGGAGUUAAAUAUUUGCAUAUCUUAGGCAUUACACAUAGAGAUCUGAAACCAGAAAAUUUGCUGUACUAUCACCCAGGUGCUGAUUCCAAAAUUAUGAUCACAGACUUUGGAUUAGCAAGCACUCGAAAGAAAGGUGAUGACUGUCUUAUGAAGACCACCUGUGGCACCCCAGAAUAUAUUGCUCCAGAAAUUCUUGUGAGGAAGCCUUACACAAAUUCUGUUGACAUGUGGGCAUUGGGUGUGGUGUCCUACAUUUUGUUAAGUGGAACUAUGCCCUUUGAAGAUGAUAAUCGUACCCGAUUAUAUAGACAGAUAUUGAAGGGUAAAUACAGUUACUCAGGGGAGCCAUGGCCCAGUGUAUCAAAUCUAGCCAAGGAUUUUAUAGACCGACUGCUUACUGUGGAUCCCAAUGAAAGACUAACAGUGGGCCAAGCCUUGAAGCAUCCUUGGAUCGUCAGCAUGGCAGCCUCCUCCUCCAUGAAGAACUUGCAUCGUUCUAUCUCUCAGAACCUUUUGAAGAGAGCUUCAUCUCGAUGCCAAAGUACCAAAUCGGCCCAGUCCACAAGAUCCAGUAGAUCAACAAAAUCUAACAAGUCACGGAGAGUACGAGAGCGAGAACUACGAGAGCUUAAUUUACGGUAUCAACAGCAGUACGAGGGUUGAAAAGAACUCAGCAUCUUAUACUAUGUUGCAUUCACUCUGCACUUUCAUAUUCAUGUAACUCUCAAUAACAGGUUGACCAUUGUGGAUUCAAGAGAGUUUACACAAACCACUUUCUGCCAAUUUAAAGCUCUGAAAAUUUAAAAUUAAUUUUCAAAUUUUACCACAAAUUUAUUUGCUACUCUCAGAAGAAAAUAUUGACCAACAUUCAAAAUUAGUGGAAAAUAUUGAGCCAGAGACUUUUUCUAAUUAGAUUUGCUAAAUAUGUAUGAUUUAAUGACUACUGUACAUAAAAGGAUCAUUUACAAGAGUAAAAACAGAUUGGCAUAUCUAAAAUUGGACUAAAAGGGCAUGAAAUGUUGAGUCUCAGUUGCUUGUUUUAUUUCACAAGUUCAAUGAACUGCAGUUUUAUAAGCUUGUGCUGAUAAUUGUGGUCUGUCUUGUCCAUACACAUUGUUUUCAAUACCUUAACUUGAUAAAGUUGGCUCCCAGUUUGCAAAAAAUAACUUUCCUGAUUUUCAUAAAUUCAAGGCCAUAAAUGAACAUUUCUGACUCAAUAAAUGUGCAUAAUAUAUACUUAAUCUCCCACUGAAAUGUCUUAAGUUUGAUAUAGGUGCAUCAGGAAUACAUACAAAAGCAACCUUUCUCAAACGUGUACGUUUUCUACUUUUUAACCGUUCUUACAUUUGCACAACUUCCAUUGUAACCCACACUGAAAAGGCCGAGUUUCCUUUCAAUUUCGAGCAAAGAUAAUUUGUGCAACAGAUCUAAAUUGUUUUAAUUAGCAUUAUAGCCUAAAAAUGAACAAAAUCAAAACUGCUACAGACCAUAGCUUUAUGUAUGCUUUCUCAAACUUUCUUUUGAUCCAUUCUAAUUCCUGACAUUACAAGGAAACAGUUCUGCACUGUCUGCCAGCACACAUGUGGUUUCUCCCACUGCUAAUGGCUGGUGACCGUACUAGUUUGCACUUGCAUUAUCAUGUCUGCUGUUAAGCAGAACCCUCAUCCCCUCACUCAUUGUCUCUUGUUUGCAUCCACCUCAAACCAUCACUCCAUUUCCUCUUGCUUGACCCUCAAUAAAGAAGAGUAAAUAGCACUGUUUGCAGUUACCAGAUAAUGGUGUAGUAUUUUUCAGCUGAGUUUGAUCUGUGCCAUCUUCUGCUAACAGCUGCCUGAAAUAACAGUUAUAGUAACAUCUUAGACAUUGUAAGCGUGCAGGCAGUGCUGCCUCUGCAGUGUAGAGUUACCAAAGGCAACCCUUUUGUUAACCCUUUUGAUAUGCAAGACCAAGUAAGUGCUUAGUUUGUGGUCGUAUCCUUAAUUUAGUGUGCCAAAAACUGCAGAGCUUGUGAUGAUUGCCCUGUUUAGUUAAUUAAGGCAUUCUAAUAAACAUUGUAAACAUUGUGGUAUGAUGCUGUUGUACCAAAUGCAUCUGAAUGAUAACCUCAAUAUUAACAAAGCUACCUGCAGAUCUCCAUGACUUCCAGGCUGGGUGGGUGGAUAAACAGGUGAGUGGUUGUCAGACUUCACUCUUUUAUAUGAAUGUAUGUGCGCAGCAUCAGCCAUGGGUGACUUGCUGUUCAGUCUGUCACUCUGUGACUAGGUUAGUCCUUGCCUUCCUAAGGGAAUUAGGGCCAACAUAUCGAAGGCUGGAACUGUUGGCGUGGACCUGUGUCUGUCCUGAAAACAUGGCUGUUUUGAAGAGAGGUCAUUUGUGUCUAAUUGUGUAUUAAUUUGCAUUGUGCUGUAGGUUGAUAAGGCACUUGUCUCUGACCAGUAAAAUAGCACUGUUAUGAAGAUUUAUGCUCAUUUUAGUAUCCCCAGACUGGAUCCUGUUCAUGUUUCACCAUAUCUCGGCUAAACCACAGUUUUCUAACAUCCCUUAUGUAAAAUUAUUCUUGAAUUUGUCCUCCUUGAUCUUGCUCUUCGCAACGAAUGUUUUCUCUUUUGUCCCUCUAAAUGUCCCUCACAGUCUCGCCCAAAAUCGAGAUUCCUCUAGCAGGCACUUAGUGCAUAAUGCUCCAUUAUAUAUUAGAUUCCCUAGAGUGUGGAAACAGGCCCUUCGGCCCAACCAGUCCACACCAACCCUCCGAAGAGUAACCCACC